AGAUAACCAACUAAGUCUGCGUGUCUUGGAGCCUUCUGGUGAAUCAUUUCUGGAGCAAAUACUACUCCCUCAAAAUGGCUGUCGGCGGUUGCUUCUGCGGCAAGAUUCGAAUCGAAUACACUGGCCAGCCUCUGAUGUCGGCACUGUGUCACUGUCUUGAUUGUCGCAAGCUUACUGGGUCACCUUAUACCUAUAGUUACGUCGUCAAGAGUGCAGAGUUGAAUGUCACUGGGAAGCCGAAAGAAGUACCCAAGACAGCAGAUAGUGGAAGUGAUAUUAAGAACUAUUUCUGUCCCGAUUGUGGCACGCCGCUGUUUGGAGGAAAGGUCAAAUCUGAUGGAACUCCCGAGGAGGUUACAAUUCUCCGUGCAGGAAUCUUUGAUGACAGCGGCAUCUUGAAUGAACGGAAACCUGAGGCGGAGAUCUACACGGAUAGGCGGUUGGCAUGGGUAGAGCCCAUCGAAGGGGCGGCUCAGUUUAGCGGCAUGCCGUCACUAUGAUAAUUGAUUGAUUGUU